AUGCCAGAACCAAACAAAGAUGAAUGGGAACAGUUAGCCAAGGAUUAUGAUGAGAAGUGGAAUUAUCCACACUGCAUAGGAGCUUUGGACGGCAAGCACGUUCAAAUCCGAUGUCCAGCUGGUGCUGUUUCAUUGUACUAUAACUACAAAGGAAUAUAUUCCAUUAUUUUAUUAGCUUUGGUAGAUGCAAAUUACAAAUUCACGCUUGUUGUCGUUGGAGCUUACGGCAAAAGUAGCGAUGGAGGAACUUUUGAGCGAUCUGAGAUGGGGAAAAGAUUUGAAAGCAACAAAUACGCCGUUCCAAAAGACAAAGAACUACUACCAGCAAUGGAGAUUCCUUAUGUAAUUAUUGCAGAUGAAGCCUUCCCUCUUAAAACCUAUUUGAUGCGUCCGUACAGCAAAGCACCCAUUACAAGUGACGAAGAGAAGGUAUACAACUACCGUCAUUCAAGAGCUCGACGGACUGUAGAAAAUGCGUUCGGAAUUCUAGCCGGACGCUGA